AUGAGGAGCCUGCCGAACAUUAUCGUGACUGGUGUGCCCGGAGUGGGCAAAACCACCCUGUGUGAGGAACUGGUUGAGAUACUCAACAAACAAUUGAAGGAGAACCAACAGGCAGAGUCUGCUAGCCAAAUGAAGCACCUGAAUCUAUCUAAAGUUAUAAAAGAGGAAAGGCUCUACGAAGAAUUUGAUGACCAACUGGAUGCAAGCAUCUACAGUAGCGACAUGGUAAACGAAAAAUUAGAGAAGCUGAAGUUAGAAAAUGGAGGAUACAUAAUAGAUUUCCACGAUGUAGACUUCCUCGAUGAGAAGGAACUCAUCGACCACAUUUUUUUAUUGACCGCUUCGACAAACAAGUUAUACGAACGACUGGAAAAAAGAAACUACUCCGAAGAGAAGAUAAAAAAUAAUAUCGAGUGCGAAAUAUUUCAGGUAAUAAAGGAGGACAUCCUCACCUCCUAUAAUGAUCCGUCCAUUUUUGAUGAACUGGAGAAUAACGAUAUGGAACAGUACGAAAGCAAUCUGCAGCUUAUCAAGGGAUGGGUACUCUCCUGGGUGAAGAAUGGCGUGGCGAUGCCGCGGUGA